AUGCACAGCAAGGCCAUCUUUGUGGCCGUGUGCGUGGCCUUUUUGAUCGCUUCUCAAAGCGUCGAGUCGGCUGGACUGCUCUCCUCUCAUCAAGUCUAUCGACGCCGCGCGGAAGGCAGUCAGCGUGCCAGAUUCGACCGUCGACACAUGGCUUCUCAGGACGUUUAUGCGUUUGGUGGUGGAAGCGGUUCUGGAUCCGGCGGUGGCUACGGCGGUGGGCCUGGCGGUGGAGGCGGUGGAGGCGGAGGCGGUGGUGGAGGCGGAGGCGGUGGCUUCAUCGCUGGCGAUGGCAGCGCCAAGAGCGUAGGCUUUGGCAAUGCAUCCGGUGGAGGAGAGGCUAGCGGUUCCAAGAAUGCCAAGGCUGGCGGCUCUAGCUCUUCCUCUAGCUUCUCCGCAAGCGGCUUUACCAAGCACGAAAAGACCACCUCGACGAAGCACGACGAAGGCGCGGGCGCGGGCGCGGGCGCGAACGCGAACGCGGGCCAAGGCGCAGGCUCCAGCAACAGCGCCAGCAAUACCGGCUCUACCCAGCAGCACUCUAGCGGCAAUGGCAACGGCAACACGUCUCACGAGGUCAGCAAGGGUCAAGAGCAGCAGCAGCAGCAGCAGCAGCAGCAGCAGCAGGAGGCGCACAGCGUUCCCGCCGUCGUGCCAGCUCACGACACGUCCAUCAAGGAGGACAAGGAGCAGGAGAAAAAAGAGAGCGAAAAGAAGCACGACAAGGAGGACAAGUGCGAGGAGGAAAAGAAAAAGGAGGCAGAGGAGAAGCAUCACCAUGCUGAGCACCACGAGGAGCACCAUGCGGAGCACCACGCCGAGCACCACGCCGAGCACUCUACCGAGCAGCAGCAAUUGCAGCACCAGGUCGAUCAGCAAAAGCAGCUCACUCAAGAGCAGCAGCACAACAUCGACAAGCAGCACCGCAUCGAGGAGCACCAGCACGAGAUGGAGCAACACCGUCUCAAGCAGCAGCAGCACAAAGAAGCGCAUCACGAGCACCACGAGCACCACGAGACCCAGAAGCACGUCGAGCAGCACCACACGGAGCAGCACGGUGGCGCUACCGGCGCUGGCGCUGCAGUCGGAGCAGGAGCUGGCGUCGCCGGCGGCGUUGCGGGCGACGCCGCUGUAGGUCACGCAAACGGCAACGGCAACGGCAACGCUGCUGGCAGCGCCGCCGCUGCCGGGAACAAGCAGGAAGAAGAGGAAGAGUGCGAAGAGGAGGAGGAGGAGGAGGAAGAUGAAAAGCCACCAAAGGCACCCUCGCCGCCUAAUCCCCCACCUCCUGCUACGCCGCCGCCAUCUACACCGCCGCCUGCGAACACUCCACCAAGCGCUACUCCUCCGUCGUCGACGCCGCCAGCGAAUACUCCUCCAAGCGCUACUCCUCCGGCCAGCGAGCAGCCUCCUCCAUCUACACCGCCGCCUGCGGACACUCCACCCAGCGCUACUCCUCCCUCGUCGACGCCGCCACCAACAACCACUCCUCCGGCCAGCGAGCAGCCUCCUGCAACUCCUACCGACUCGCCUCCGCAGCCCAAGAGUCAGCCGCCUGGAACGCCUGGUGGAGACAGCUCUUUUCCACCACCGACAGUUCCGCCGGCACCCCAGCAGCCCCAGCAGCCCCAGCAGCCGCAGCAACCUCAGCAACCUCAGACGCCCGAAACUUCCAAGCCGACGAAUGAGACGCACGAAGAGAAGCCAUCUGAACAGCAAUCGAAUGCUGGUGCGAAUACCAGCACUGGUGAACAGAGUGUAGAGCAGCAGCACAAAGAGCAGCACGAGGAGCAACACGAGGAGCACACGGGCGGAGAUCUUGGCAGUCAGACGGACAGCAAGCCAUCUCAGCCCACGCCUGAGACCACGCCCACGACUGCGCCACCCUCGACCACGCCACCGAGCACGCCUCCUCAACCUUCCACCGUCACGACUGGCGAAAAGGGCUCGGAGGAGCACCACGAGGAGCAAAAAGGCAGCACCGCCACCGUGCCGCCUCAGACCAACAGCCCGACGGACACUGCGCCACCUGGACAGCCUCCCAGCGGCGGCGGCAGCGCCGGCGCCAAGGAGGAACACCACGAGGAGCACCAUGAGCAAGAACACCACGAGGAGCACCACGAGCAAGAACAUCACGAACACUCUGCUAGCGCCGAGGGCAAGCCGUGCAACAAGGAAAAGGACGAGAACGGCAAGUGCGAGUGCGACAAGUUCCAGAUCAGUGAGUAGGCAGUAGCAAUUCGCAUACGCUAGCACCACGCUCGCGCCACGCUCGGAUGCUCAAACAUCGCCGUCGCAUCUCGCAGCCAUCGACUACUCCAAGAGUACAAACGUGUCCGAUGCGGCCAGAGAAGAAUGGCACAAGGUUUGCGGUCAAGUGUCUGGCAAAUACCGUAUCACUGGCGACGACUUUGAAGACAUAGGUUCGAACAAGGCGAAAGUCACUUGUGUCACCAGCUCGACGGAUAAUGCGACCAAGAAAGUGUGCGUUGGGGCGCGUCCGCGUUGA